AUGGCCGCUACUCAACUUUCUGACUCUGAAUUCCCCUACUCUUUGUAUGUGCCACCCCACCUUCAUGGCCGCACACUGAUCCAUAAAUGGGAUACCCAUGCGACAUGGGAAAUGCUGAUACAUGAUUUAGAACCAUCUCCCUCCCGUUGCCGACCCACCGUCUCGCAUUGUCUGCUCUACAAACCCUCGAGGUCGACGCUGAAUUGUCACCAUUCGUACGACGCACCUUCGCCCUCGCAGCUCCUACUCCGAACGCCUCCGCUGAAACCCCAGGAGAAGAAGCAGAAGCAAGAACCCGAAGAGUCCAAUACUGUUCUGCAGACCACAUACCGUGCCACAACAAACCGUAUGCUUCGUGUCGCCGUCAAUGGGUUCAUGGAGAGUAUUGGUGUUGUCCUUGGCGUGAUGGCAGAGCUGGAUGUUGAUGUGCUUAAGGCCGAAAGAGAAGGAUGA